AUGGAAGAAAGAGCUUGCUUGGAAAUUGAUGUUAUCGGCACCUUCUUCGAAGUAUUCAUGCAAGCUGUAGCAGCUCAUGCUUGCAAAGAAAGAUACGAACUCCAGCAGACAGGAGAUGUUCAGUAUCAAGAAACCAUAAGAACUAUGGAACUCGCAGAGCCUAAGAAAGAAACGAAAGGUGAAGAGAAGUUCACUGAAAAAAUUAAAUUUUUAAAAGGAGAAGAGUCAUGGAAGGCAGAACACCUGGAAGCCGCCGAAUAUCCGAAAGCAUGGGAUGAGCAAGAAAUUCGAGAAGUUACAGAAAAGAAAUACAUGGCAGAAGUGCUAACUAAGGAGGAAGUUACGAUUGAAAAGAAGCCAACAGAGCAAGUGAAGCCACUGGUAGAGGAGAAACUGGUGGAGGUCACCGAAAAGCGUGAAGUUACGAUUGAAGAAAUCGCAGAAGCCAGUGCCACCAUCGAAGCUAUCUUCACAAAGACUGAAGAAAUAUCAGGUUUCAUUUCCUCAGCAGGCUUCUGUUCCUCAGCAGGCUUCUGUUCUUCUGCUGGUUUCUCCUCAGCAGGCUUCUGUUCUUCGGGGACCUUCUUCUUGAUUGGAGUUGGAGCAGUGUGA